UGACCGAAACCUUGCUAUUAAUUCAAAAGAAACAUUUAACUUUUCACAAUGCCGUUCAUCGAAGGUUUGACCAUCAGCGGAUUUCCGGAGCAAGAUGACCUGACGCUCCGCUUCCAAGCUGGGCUCAACAUCUUAGACAGCCGGCACCCUGAAUCUAAUGUCAUCGUCGAUUCGCUCAGCUGGUUUCUCAACUGCCCGGAGACACUCGAUAUUCCACCGGAAACUAAUUUCACAGCGCAGUCCUACUUGGAGGUUCGCAUCCGGUCAGACCAACCCGAGCAUUCAUUCUGGGAAUUGCGUGGUAAGAAAAAGUGUCCAAACGAAAAUGUGAUACACCUCCGCCGAGUUCUGAGCAAGCCGCACACGGUGCUGGUAGAUGGAAAAAACUCGCAGGUGCCGUUCGAUGAGUUUCGCUUCGAGAUGGCACAAUUGGGAUUCUGUUUCGGGAUGAAUGGUUUUCCAACGCUAAAUGUUGUGCGACGAAUAUAUCUGGACCAACUAAUCAAACCUGCUAGCAUGCUUUGGAACAUUGUACACGCAGGAUUACGUGUGGAAGCAUUUGGUCGAAUGCAGGAUGAGGAACAGGACAUGAAAGAUUUCUACCGAAAACAGCUGAACAGCGCGCUGACGUUCGAUUAUCAGAGCAAGAUCGACGAGUUUAAGGAAAGGAUCGAAUCAAGCAAAAUGUUCUGCAGAUUACAAAAGACGUUGAAUAUGUACGCGGCUAGUGUUGUUCAGAGGGAAGUGAAUGCCUAUGCCAGGGUGUCGAAGCUUUAUGAGUCGCAGCUAGAGAAAUCGGUGGCUGCAAUGGAAACGUUAGAAGAGCAACGGCAGGUACUCGAGGAACGACUGGAUGAACAUGAAAACGCAGUUCCGGAGAUGCGUGAACUGGUAUUGGAGGAUUUAAAAGGCCAUUAUUCGGAGGUAGAUUAUCGUUUAGCAAAGCUGGAGCCGGAAGAACAUGUAUUGGAUUUGAUUGAAAAUGUGCAAGUUCGCAUUUUAGACAAAGCAGAGAUGUUAAAGAGCACUUUAAAAAAUAUGCUUGGUCCAGGGGGCAAAUGGAUCCAGAAAUAUAAAAAGGUUGCAAAGCUGGAAGCUGAGAUGGAAAUUGCCGAAAUUUGCUUGCAUGCUUCGAUUUUUCCUGUUGAUGUUCGUGGUGAGAUCUUAGAAAAAACCCACAAUUCGCUUGCCAUGCACUUGGAAACAUCAAAAAUAUCUACAAAAAGCAUUCAGAAUACAAUGGAAUCGGUCACCUUGGCUAUUCAGGAACGUAGGAAACUUCUGCAGAUUAUCGAAGGAGAUAGAGAAUAUGAUGUGGGUGAAACUACUGGUUAUGUUAACGAAUUGGUUGAAAUCUUCAGGAACCUAACCCAGGCAAAGCUGGCAUCCGUGACUCUCCAGAAGGACAUCCGUCAAAAAUCGUAUGCCCUGCUGCAGCAGGUAACAGCCAUCAAUCAUAUCUCGUCGGAAAUCAUUAUGGGAGUAGCAUCAAUUGAGAACUUCCUGCAAACUUCCAACGACAACGGUUUGAAACAAAAUUUUACAGGAUUCGUCUGGCAGCAUUUUAAAAUCAAUGUUCCGGCAGUUGCAAAUCUUGCGCUGCCGCACUUGACCGACCUUCUGACGCUGGCCAUCUUCCACAAACAGGACGUCAUGUUGGAGAUGCUCGCCCAUCUCCCGUUACAAAACACGUACAAUGUUCUGGCACUGGAUAAGUUUGUAGAACACGCGGAGCAGCUCACCCCUAAUGUCCCAUCAAACGUAUAUUCUUUGUCUAACUUGCUCGGCGAAAGUCCCCUGAAACCAAUUCUGACCCAUCUGAUGAGAACCUUCUACUACACAAAAGUACCGUACGAGAAGAUUUCCAAGUCAAUUGAUCCAGAGAUUGUUCUAAUAUGCGUUACUGAUAAGUUGGUCAUUGGAGGCGGCUUUCUAUCCGGUGGAUGGUCAUUGAAUGCGCAAAAUACGUUGGAAAAACUAUCAGAAGCCGUAUCGCUGCAAGUCGACAUUCUCAAACUCGAGCUUGAACUCCGGGAGCAUACCGAAACCAUCCCAAAUCUGGAACGACUCAAGGAUGACACAUGGAACAAACUCGAACAGUUCCAUGAAGACACAUUCGAUCGCUUCCACAGGUUGUUGCAAGCUUUUCCCACGCUUUCGGACCUUCCCUUUUUGCUGGAACAGCUGGUUCAUCAACAAACGUCCCUCACCCGGCAGCAAGUUCGACUCGACCUGCUCGGCGAGUUCUCAAAGCAUCUGAAAACCGAUCAGUUCCAAGACCAGACUUUCUACGAGCAACGUAUCCAUGAUGGCAACAACGCACUGGAACAGGGCAAACGAGAGUGGCAUUCCGACCGGAAGACGUUGGACAAAACGCUUGUACAGUUGAAGGACGAUGUGCGAAUCCUGGAGGAGCUUCUGGUCAAUGCAGAAACACUUCGUACGUUCAGCCUUCCGCUGAAACUCCACCAGUCACUUGUGGUCCAUCUGAGCGAAUUCAAAGAUGAAUUGGAACACACGUUGCAACACCUCAGCCAAGAGCAUGCCGGGCAACAAAGUGCCUUUGACGUCAUGGACCAACUCGACCUCAUCCAUCGGGAAACGAUCGAAGCAGAACGGGUAAUGAUGUUGCACAGUUUCCUACUCCGUGAAAUGUCUACAUUCUACCAAGAACUUCGGCGUCAAUAUCCAGCAAAAGCCAGCAAACUUCAAAAGAAAACUAAAGCAGAUCUUCAGUAUGUGUACGAGGCACGACGGAAGCUCAACUGCACGCAACCAGCGUACAACCUGGCACAAAUUGAGCGGUUCAAGUUCAAGCUUGAAAUGUGUCGCAACCAUCUCCAGAUGCUAACGGCCUAUCGGACGCCACUUGUGUGCAACAUGACCCUGCCCUGUAUCAACAAACUGGCCGCGAUCAAGCUCCGUCUGAUUACGCAAAUGAUGGCCAAUAUACCCUCAUACCUGAACAAAUCCGGUAGUCUCCGGUUGAACUUUCAAUACGAUCGGACCAAAUGUUCGGAUGAAGACUCCAAAAAGAGUGCUUUCAAUAUUGAGCACAUAAUCGGACUCACGGUGGAAUUCGUCGACGAAGAACAGAACCUGAUCCGUUACCUGAACGGCGAUUCGGCAACGUUGGCCCACUUGAUAUUUUUUGCAUGUUUUCUGUCCGUCGAAGGAUGCAAACUUCUGCUACUACAGGACUGUUUCUCGGGUCUUUCCGAAGAGGAACAUCAGGAUGCGUAUACGCUGCUACUGGCAAUUUCACAGAACAUGCAAAUUUUUCUUACUGUCGGACUAGAUGAGUGA